AUGGCGAAAAAUAUGUCAUUGGAGUCUGUGUUGGACGAGGAGCGCAAAGAUGUUCUAGCACUAUUGGAAGGGAAAUCAGGCCUGCACACUAAAAAACCUGCCAGUUCGGCAGGGUCAGGAAGAGCCCCGUCGCCCUAUAACCCACGAUCGCCUGUACGGAGCAUGCUAGACAUUGCUGAAGAUCCAGCAGUGUCCAAGCAUUCACCACUGGGAAGCUCCAAAAGCAGACCUGCCCGUGUCCCAGUCCGAAGCAUGCUGGACAUCAGCAGUCCACCACCAACACCAGCUGUUACAACGGUGAGCGCCUCAACGUCACCCACACAGUUGACCCAUCAAUCCCACCACGCGAACACCCAGCAUCGACAGCAUAGGAGCUCAUCUGAUGCUGCAUCACACCCAGCAGAGUUUGGUCCCCGGACUAACGUCUUGGGACCUGCAAAGCCGGGCCCUAGUGCGGCCUAUCAAUUCUCUGGGUAUCUGCCAAGCAAUCCCGGCGGGCCGGUCGCACCGAAGCGAAAUACACAAGCUGGAAAGAAGGCGUCAAUUCCCAAUGCAAUGGCAGAGGUUGUCAGAGGGGGGGAAAUCACUGGUGGAUUUGGUGCACGCGACAGUGGCCGCAAUCAUUCGAUUGCUAGUACAGGCAUCGGCACAUCAAAAUCUAGAUCCCCCCAUAACCGAGUUGGAGGGCGCUCCAGUUCACCACACUUAAGCCCGGAGCUUUCGAAAUUGAAGCUAGAUGAUGGGAGGACCUUUGAUAUGAACAGUGCGUACAGACGGCUGUCAGAUGCUAAUUUAGCUUUAUCUGGUGGCAGGCUAUCUUCAUUAAGUGGGAAAGGUCGCAGACGGACGAACAGUGGAGAUGCUAUUGAUCCGCUCAACGGUGGUAGGCUGGAGAAGGAUUAUACCGGGGAUGAUGCUCUCGCUGAUAGCAGCGACGAGGACGAACAUAGCUCAGACGAAGAGCGCACUCGGGGAAGGAAGAAGACCGUGAAGCGUCAAAAUGGUGAAAGUUCAGAAGAUCACCCUGAGGCCAAGACCCUGGGGAUGGGUCGCGCAAAGGGGCCGAGGACAGCUCUGAGUUUGAUGGCGGCCGCUGAAGAAGAGCGCCAGCAGAUUGCGGCCCAAGAAAAGUACAAAGUUCGGUCACUCUUCGAACCUCAAAUCACGGUCACAGGACCCUCAGGGACCAAGCUGAAGUCAAGCAAGUCAGGCGUUCAUCCCAACACCAGCUUCGAUGAACCCUCCGGCUUGAACACUCCUGUAGAUUCAGACGUCGAAGCAGAUCUAACUGACAUCAAACAAGCACAAAAACUCGCCAUCAAUAUGACACAUAUUGUCUCUACUCCUGUAACUAGUCGUUGCGUCCGUACGAUCUACCGUGGUGAUUUUGGAAAGAUGCAGAGAGAAGCUCAGGACAAUCAACGACGAAUUAGAAAGUACUUGUGUGCUACCGAUCUCAGCGAUGAGGCGGCUCACGCAAUGGAAUGGACCAUCGGGACAGUACUCAGAGAUGGAGACACAUUACUCGCAGUCUACUGCGUUGACGAAGAGAUUGGGAUUGGCGAGGGGACUAUUGGAGAUGAUACACUUAUGAAAGAGCAAGCAAUAGCCGUGGCCGCAUCGACAAAACCUUCAGGCUCGACACCUGUGAUGCCUCCAGUUGCUCACCCUAGUCCCCUGGGAUCAAAUUUCAGACUUGAUUCCACCAGUACAAAUACUAGCGCGAGUCCGAUGGGAAGAGAAAGGGGCAAAGCGGAGGCCGAACGGUAUCGGGCUGUACAGGACAUCACGGAUCGAGUCUCGAAGCUGCUGAGGAAAACGCAAUUGCAGGUGAAGGUGGUGAUUGAAGUUAUCCAUUGCAAGAGUCCCGGCCAUUUGAUUACGGAAAUCAUCGAUUACAUCACACCUACACUUGUGAUUCUGGGGAGUCGCGGUAGGAACGCUCUCAAAGGUGUCAUCCUUGGCUCCUUCUCCAAUUACCUCGUUACGAAAUCCUCGGUCCCGGUCAUGGUAGCUCGGAAGAAGCUUAGAAAGCACGCGAAGAGCAAAUACAAGCCGCCCUCCAACAUGCGCCUUGCCAACAAUCUCAGUAGUCCAAACACUCAAGUGAGGACUCUAGAUAGGGCCAGAAUUGACUGA